AUGUGCAAUCAGACCGUACUGCUCGAUUUCUCUCUCUUUGUGUCUCUGCGCAAGGUCGAGACCGUUCGCGCCUGUACUGCCAAUUCCACAGAGAUGUUAGAUGCAGUUAUCGCCCGCAACACCACCAAUAACGCCUCUUGUCUAUCCAGCGGGAACGUGACUCCGGUUCAGGAGACGCUGCAGCUAGCCUUUAACCAGACCCGCACCCUAGCCACAGUCGUAGACUUCGACGCCGCGGUGCAGCAACUCGCCGCCGCGUUGUCCCAGCGCAAUAGCUCGGAGUGCACCGACACGACCGCCUUUGCUUACUCCAACUCCGUCGCUCUCGGCCUCUUCGCCGGCUCUGGAGUCAACUAUGUCCCGGCCGCUGUGCUGCAGAAGUUUCUCGCGAAGAUCAAAACCUCGGGGUUCUCCGGUAGCGCCGUGGUGCAGCCCUGUGCCAAGGACGACAGCAACUCCAAGUAUAGCUUCGGCAUUGUCGCGAGUGAAGAGCACGAUGUGUACUUCGUCCAGGAUGCCGUAGCCGCGUGGGCGUCGGGCAAAUGCAUCACUACCUUCGACGACGCAGAAGACUGGCUCGACAUCACACUAUCGGCGCCGAGUCUUGUCGGGGCCAGCACGGCGGAUAGUGUCACUGCUACUACUACUACUACUACUACUACUACUACUACUACUACUACUACUACUACUACUACUACUACUACUACUACUACUACUACUACUACUACUGCCGGCAACAGCACCGUCCGAGCUACACUGGACAAACGAGCCCUCAAAAUGGUCCCAGAUGGACAUCCACUGAUUCUCUCUCACCUAGGAGAAUCUUUAGCAGCCGAGUGCGGCAUCCCCGCCUCUGACUUCGACAAAUACAACCCCGGCAGCACUUUCCGCUCGACGCUGGUUCCCGGCCAGCACGUCUGCUGCUCCGCCGGUACGAUGCCCGACUACCGCCCGCAGCCCAAUGCCGACGGCACCUGCACCUCACAUUACGUGGAGACAGAAGAGAACUGUUCAGCCCUCGCCGCGGCGAACAGCCUCACAAUAGCCGAGAUCGAGAGCCUCAACAACGAUACCUGGGCCUAG